CGCUGCCUUGAGCUUAGACUAUCUGAAAAGAGAAAGGGGAUACGUGUCAGCGCGUGGAGGUGCCAGCGAACGAUUUGGCGGUUGCCAUCGCGACGCGGGGCGCCGGAAAAUUUCGCUUCCAGGUCAGGCGGCGGCGCAGGCGCAGAAGAGCCCGGAGCGGGCGGCUGAGGCCUACGGGUCCGCUGAGCUUCCCGGACGUUGGAGACCCCGCGGCGCUGAGGAUUUGGGGUCCUUCGACAGACACCGCUCCCCGAGGCGGAGAAGGUUGCUUCCCCAAGAACUGAGAGACGCAGACCCCGGGGGAGGCGAGAAGGAGGAGGAGGCCCGACACGCUGACCGGAUCGGACCGGACCCGGAUCACUGACUGUAGCCCAUGGCGGCCCUAGGCCCCAGCAGCCAGAAUGUCACUGAGUAUGUCGUCCGAGUCCCCAAAAACACAACCAAAAGGUAUAAUAUCAUGGCCUUUAAUGCAGCUGAUAAAGUCAACUUUGCUACUUGGAAUCAGGCUCGGCUAGAGCGGGACUUGAGCAACAAGAAGAUUUACCAAGAGGAGGAGAUGCCGGAAUCGGGUGCGGGCAGUGAGUUCAACCGCAAGCUUCGGGAGGAGGCUCGGAGGAAAAAGUACGGCAUUGUCCUCAAGGAAUUCCGGCCGGAGGACCAGCCCUGGCUGCUCCGGGUCAAUGGCAAAGCGGGCAGGAAGUUCAAGGGGGUGAAGAAGGGGGGUGUGACGGAGAACACGUCCUACUACAUCUUCACCCAGUGCCCCGAUGGAGCCUUUGAGGCCUUCCCGGUCCACAACUGGUACAACUUCACGCCGCUGGCCCGACACCGCACGCUCACCGCGGAGGAGGCCGAAGAAGAGUGGGAGAGGAGGAACAAGGUCCUGAACCACUUCAGCAUCAUGCAGCAGCGGCGGCUCAAGGACCAGGGUCAGGAUGAGGAGGAGGAGGAGAAGGAGAAGCGCGGCCGCAAGAAGGCCAGCGAGCUGCGCAUCCACGACCUCGAGGAUGACCUGGAGAUGUCGUCCGACACCAGUGAUGCCAGCGGCGAGGAGGGUGGCAGAGCCCCCAGGGCCAAGAAGAAGGCGUCACCGGCCAAGGGGGGCAGGAAGAAGAAGAAGAAGAAGGGGUCAGACGACGAGGCCUUUGAGGACAGCGAUGAUGGGGAUUUCGAGGGCCAGGAGGUGGACUACAUGUCUGACGGCUCCAGCAGCUCCCAGGACGAGAUGGAGGGCAAGCCCAAAGUGCCCCAGCAAGAGGAGGGGCCCAAGGGCGUUGACGAGCGGAGUGAGAGCAGUGAGGAGAGUGAGGAGGAGAAGCCGCCCGAGGAGGACAAGGAGGAGGAAGAGGAGAAAAAGGCCCCAACCCCCCAGGAGAAGAAGCGGAGGAAAGACAGCAGCGAGGAGUCGGACAGCUCGGAGGAGAGUGACAUCGACAGCGAGGCGUCCUCAGCCCUCUUCAUGGCGAAGAAGAAGACACCCCCCAAGAGGGAGCGGAAGGCAUCGGGAGGCAGCUCGCGUGGAAACAGCCGCCCCGGCACCCCCAGCACCGAGGGUGGCAGCGCCUCCUCCACACUGCGGGCGGCCGCCAGCAAGCUCGAGCAGGGGAAGCGGAGCAGCGAGGCACCGGUGGCCAAGCGGCUGCGGAUGGACUCCGGGCCCCAGAGCCUGUCCGGGAAGUCGACGCCCAGCAGCGGCGACGUGCAGGUGACCGAGGACGCCGUUCGCCGCUACCUGACCCGGAAGCCCAUGACCACGAAGGACCUGCUGAAGAAGUUCCAGACCAAGAAGACGGGCCUGAGCAGCGAGCAGACGGUGAACGUGCUGGCCCAGAUCCUCAAGCGCCUCAACCCCGAGCGCAAGACGAUCAACGACAAGAUGCACUUCUCCCUCAAGGAGUGAGGGCCGCGCUGCCCUCCCACCCAAUAAACAGGCUCUGUUCUUCAAA